UUCCGUUUGACAGUUGCAAAUCACGAUAACGGAUGGAAGUAAAUUUGUAAAUUCGCCCGUGCAAGCAAGUCAUGGCUUGCACCCGUUCAAAAUUCUCGUAACAUGCUCAAUUUUCGCGCCCUACGUGUAGGUGGCCAGGUUCUGAAGGAAAUACUAUCAAAACAUGUGUCGCUUCCAAUCUUGCCACAUGGAUACUAUCCAUUUUCAGUCACCCCAAAACGUGGGGCAAUACCACCUGGAACCAGUGGACACACACCUGGAAAACCACCGGUACCACCAAAAAAGUUCCCGGAACUACUCUAUUUUCCAAAAUUCUUUCGUUGGCUGGGCAUGAAGAUAAGACUUAAGUAUUUGAAACGAGUAUGGGAUCCAGAAUUCAGCGAAGGUGCCUUCAUCUAUGGCUCCACGCAAGCAAUAUGUCGUAUUUCAGAAAUCGUUCACUUCGAUAAACCAAACGAAUUGAGAAGUCUACUUACAGAUCAAGCUGAGAAACAAUUACGAGCAGAUAUGUUAGGUAAAUUAACACAUAUACAGAGAAAAGUAAUAUUGCUCAAACCAACCGAUAUCAAACUGCUGGUGCCUAUCAAGGUGCAACUGAUAACAGACAAAGAAAAUCGUAAAUUAUGCCUAGUUAUGCUGAAAAGUCUAUCAAUGAAGUGGUAUCAAGAGAAUCAAAAUCUCAAGUUGGUGUUGAUUGUAAUCGACACAGAAUUUACCAGAGAAUACACGCAGGGCAACAAGUCGGAGUGGUUUGUCAGUUUGUUCAAGAUUGUACAAUGCGCGUUGAUUAAUGGAAGUGCGGGCCCUCCAAAACCACAAGCAUAAAUACAUACAUAACACCUGAAAAUAACCUGAAUAUAAAAAUAAAUUACCUUGGAGAAGCUAUUGAAUGAUAUUGAA